AUGCCGGAAAAACCAAAAGAUGAUUCGGCCAAAGUGCCCAAAGAGUCUACGUCGUCUUCUCCGGGUAACAACAACCCUGCAGCUCAAAAUGGAGCAGCGAGAUCUCCCACUCCUGGUCGAAGUGACACAAGCUUUAUGCAAAAAGUAGAUUCAGAAGCGGCCGAUACGAUGAAGUUUCCCAAACGAAAGGAGAAAUAA